AUAUUCUUAACCAAAAUUUGCCCCAAAAAAACUGUACUUUGCAGUGCUGCGACAGUUAGUAUUGGCUGCGCCAGUAAUCCAUAAUAUCGCGAGCAGUAGCCCGCCUUCGCGUGUAUACUGGCUGAAACUGCGUGUAGCCUGUAGGGCAUUUUCCUGCUUUCCCUCCAGUUCCGACAUGGCGGCCAGCAUCCCCUGGCAUCGUCCUCUCUUCCUCCCGACGAAACCGGAUCCUCCCAAUUAUCGCUUCACAACUGCAACGAUUUCUCGCACUUCAACGAUUCGAGCGUUCCACCGGAGUGACUUUGACGGCUUCGCACGGCGGGUCACCUCCGGCGAGGCGCUGCGCGACGCUUGGCGGAGUGCAAACGAGGGGAUUGAGCAGCUGGCGUUCGAAGCUCGGCGAACUGUCGAGCGGAUCGACCGACGCUAUGCCGUCUCUAGACGCAUAGGAUCCGCGGCACGCGCUGCUGCUUCGAGGGCGCAGGAGAUUGACUACGAGAUCGGGAUUAGUCGCCGAUGGCGUUACUUUUCCAUGGAUUUCUCCAGGAACUGGCCAAGGUACAGAAGGGAGUUGAAUGGGUUUCUUCAAACGCCUAUCGGGAGAGGGUCAAUGAUGGCCUUCUUCUUCUGGUUUGCCUUGUCUGGGUGGUUGUUCAGGUUUUUCAUUAUAGCUACUUGGGUAUUGCCAUUUGCCGCGCCUCUUCUCAUUGGUACAUUUGCCAAUAGCUUUGCUCUUCAGGGUGUCUGCCCAGCUUGCAAGAGGCAGUUUAUGGGGUACCGCAACCAAGUAAUUCGCUGUUCAGGCUGCGGAAACAUUGUUUGGCAACCUGGUGCUGCUGAUUUCUCCAAAAAGAGGAGCAAUUCUUCCAAUAGACCUUCUGAGUCCGACAUAAUCGAUAUUGAGAUAAAGGAGAAGUGAGGUAAUACUUGAUUGAUUUUUUUUUUCUUUUUGCAUCAGAAAAAUCUAUAGUAGAUGGAAUGUUGGAAGACUUCCACCUUGACAGACCUUCCUUUUUGUGCUCUACUGUACAUGAAAUGUAUUACAAUCUGUCCUAUUCUGUGAAUAUUCUUUUAAUCAAUGCAAUAGUUGCCAUCAUAUGCUUAGCUAUAGCUUGAAAGCGGGCAUGAAAGUUAAACUUAUGUACGAUAAUUUAGGGUCGGUUUGGGAUAGU